AUGAAUCAAGAAUCCAAACUCGGCGAGAUCAUCGAUCGCUAUCGCCCAGACCUCAAAGAGUUUGAAGAUGUCUAUCGUCACAUCCACGCCAACCCAGAGCUAUCCGGCGAAGAAGAAGAAACAGCCAAGAUAGCCUCCGACCACCUCAAUUCCCUAGGAUUUGAAGUCACCACCAAAAUCGGUGGCCACGGCGUAGCAGGCGUCCUCCGCAACGGCAAUGGCCCCACCAUCCUCGUCCGGGCGGACAUGGACGCCCUCCCCGUAAAGGAGAACACGGGCCUCCCCUACGCCAGCAAGAAAGAAGUCAAGAGCCAAGCCGGCCACAAACCAGUCAUGCACGCCUGCGGGCACGAUUUCCACACCACUGCACUCAUGGCUGCGUCGACGCUCCUCCACAGCGCCCGCGACCACUGGUCCGGAACACUAAUCUGCAUCUUCCAGCCGGCGGAAGAACAUCUCGACGGAGCCCAAGCCAUGCUGACAGACGGACUAUACGACAAGAUCCCCAAGCCGGAUAUCGUCCUGGCGCAACAUGUGAUUUGCAUGCGAGCGGGGACGGUCAAUCUGCGCGCUGGUCCGCUCCUCACGGCCGCAGACGCGUAUGAUGUGCGCGUGUACGGGCGCGGAGGACACGGGUCAGCACCCCAGACGACCAUCGAUCCGAUCGUGAUCGGAGCGUCGAUCGUCACGAAGUUGCAGUCUAUUGUUUCGCGGGAGGUCACUCCGGGUAAGUUGGCUGUUGUGACGUGUGGCAGUAUUCAUGCGGGUAGCUCGUCGAAUAUCAUUCCUGCGCAUUUGGAUCUGCAGCUCAAUGUGCGGACUUUCGAUGCGGAUGUGCGGAAGCGGGUGUGUGCUGCUGUUCAUCGCAUUAUUGAGGCGGAGUGUAUGGCUGCUGGCGCGGAGAAGAAGCCUGAUAUCAAGCGGACUUUCUCCACGCCCUCCACUGUCAAUGAUGGGAAGACAAUCGAUUCUCUUCGUGAGACGUUUGGUCCGUACUUUGGGAAGGAUCUUGUCAAGUUGGAACCGCCUGCUGCUAGUGAGGACUUCUCGUUGUUGGCAACUGCCGUGGGGGCUCCGUAUGUGAUGUGGAUGUUCGGUGGAGUGGAUGAGAAGACCUGGGAUGAUGCUGAAUCUAAGGGAGAUUUGCAUUCACUGCCGGGCAACCACUCGCCUUUCUUUGCCCCAGUCCUCCAGCCGACUUUGAAGACGGGCAUUGACGCCAUGGCUCUUGGAGCGUUGACCUUCUUGAAAAAGUAG